AUGUUUAUGGAGUUUAUGGAGCAAGACGGUCUCGCUCACUACAUGGAGUUCUGGCUGUCUUCUAAUAACUUCCGCGACCAGCUGUACGCGAUGGGCGACGAUUGCGACGGCGAACAGACGCAGAAUGACGCAAUGAUACUGUAUGACAAGUACUUCUCGCUGCAGGCGGCCAGUCCGCUGGGGUUCGGUCCGGAGACGCGCACAGAGCUGGAGCUGAACAUCUGCCGGGAUGGCGGGCCGCGGCCGGAGUGCUUCCUGCGGCCGAUGCUGGUGCUGCACAACGUCCUGCAGCAGAGGUAUCUGAGCGCGUUUCUCAACUCACAAGUGUUCUUCAAGUACGCGAUGGAUCUGGUGAACACGAUACGACAUCCGGCAAAGCCCUAUCCCUUCGACAAGACGGACGCGGUGAGCACGUGCAGCAGUGAUCAGGGCUCGUCAGUGACGGGUGGCUCUGUGCCGGAGCGCUGGUCACACCCGGACCCCGGCCAGCUGCACCGGCGCCGAUACUACGGGCUCAGCAUCGGCCACGUGAACCACGUGGGCCGGUACGAAUCUCACCUGGAGCCGAAGCCGGACCCGGGCCGGCCGUCGGCGCUGCGGCGCGCCGUCAAGUCGCUGCUCCGGCACGACGAGAACAAGGUGAAGGAGGAGAUGGCCUGGCGCGUGGCCAACAUGAUCGUGAAGGACGUCACCAACGUGACGAUGGGCCUGGGUGGCAGCCCCACCCACCGUCCGCACUGGUGA